UACUGAAUGGUUCAACCACACCCAGUUGCAUUUUAGGUCAAAACUCAGCAAUAAUUGGCAUCAUCAAUGACAAUAUUUUGUGGAACUCAAGUGAAGCACAGUUUUGACAGGCAAUACUCAACUGGGCAAGUCUAACAUUCUAUUGAGACAUAACUUUUUGCAAUAGGUUUAUUGAAAGAGAAAUCAGUAUUGAUCCAUAAUAUUUAAGUACAUAAGUAAAAUUAAGUAGCAAAUUGGGUCAAGAAACAUCUACUCAAUUGGUUUUUAUUUUUUUAAUAUUUAUGGCAUUUAAAAUCACAAGGGUUCUCCACUUUAAACUCCACAAAAGUAUAUUCUACCUGGCUGUGCAUUCAAUUACCACAAAAAAUAAAUGUUUUCAUUUUCUACCUAAAACUGCAGAAUAAUGUUAGUAAUUUCCCAAUACUUGAGAAGUCACUCUUCAUGUGUGGUCCAGGAUAUUAAAUGCAGGAGCACCUCACUGGUUCCAACCAUUUCCAUGGCAUCCUCUGGCAACAGGCCUGGCUUGCCUGCUGUGGACCCAGGAAGCCCGUCCUCAAGAAGGAAGCCACCGAGCCUGGCCACUGCUCAUCCCUGAGGGCCAGAAAACCAGAGAGUAGGGUGGAGAGAGAUGGUGGUGGCAACGGACGCAAAGAACAAAGGGCCGGUAAGAAGAAUCACAAUCUUAUCUGCAGUGCCCUCUAGGUUGGCUGCAGGAUGCGCAGCAUGGGACGACAGUUCACUGGCCAAUAUGAGGAUCUGGACCAAGGCUGGAAGUCCUUGCACAGGCUGGGUGUCGACUGGAUCAGGCGCUGCACUGAGAGACUGAGCGCGCAGAUCGGACAUGUGCACAGAGCAGUGAUGGAGGACAUCGACUAAUUUGCUUGGCCAGGCCGAUCCUGCAACGCCUUUAUGGCCAGCUUCACUAAAGCAACUUAGACUGUGAAAAUGGCUCAAAAUCCUGUACUUCUAUACACUUUGUCUUCUCCCCAUAACCUUUGACACGCUUACUAAUCAAGAAUCUAUCAAUCUCGACUUUAAAAAUACCCAAUGAGUUGACCUCCACAGCCAUCUGUGGUAAUGAAUUCCACAGAUUCACUACCCUCUGACUAAAGAAAUUCCUCCUCACCUUACUAAAGGUGCGUCCUUUUAUUCUGAGGCCAUGCCCUCUGGUCCUAGACUCUCCCACUAGUGGAAACAUCCCCCCCGCAUCCACUCUCUUCCAGGCCGUUCACUAUUCGGUAAGUUUCAAUGAGGGUCCCCCUCAUCCUUCUAAACUUUGGUGCAACCAAUUGCAGAGCAUGUAAUAGUUGCUUAUGAAAUUAAAAAAAAAACUAUGUGGAAUAAAUUGUUGAAAAUCAGUAUGUUUGAUAUCACAGUUAAUGUUUGUUAAUGAGGACAAAAGCUGGACUGACCACAUACAGCCGAAUGGUAAUGUUUGCAUUGAUCACGUUAAGCAGGAUUUGCUCAAGGUUAUUAUUCUAGCUGAGGGUAAAUUUAGCGUGUGACAUGAUGAAACCAGCAGAAAUUGCUUCUUCUGUUGCCUGUGCGUGGGUUUGACACUUGCUACUAACUAUAUCUUUUAUUAGCCCACAGGAAAAUAAAACUCCGUUCAGAGUAAAAUAAAAAGAAAAAUGUGCCAACUUGAUGUGAAUUAUCGGUUCUGCAAAUAUUAAUAUCUAUUUUUAUCCAAUGGCUUUUUAUCUUAAUAUGAAUUUGAAAUUUGUCACAAGAAUGCAGUGGAAGCUUUGACAAUAUUUGACAAAUUAUAGAAGUGGGUGUCAACUAUUUAAAUGUGCACCAGAAUAACUGGUCAAUCAUGAGCAACGGUGUUUUGAUUCUAGACAUAGAUUUUCAAGCCUCCAUGAAACACGAGUUAAGUACUGAAUGCAUGUGCAGUUGUCUUGGCUGGAAUUCAGGCAUUGGUAUGAUUCCUCUCCUAAAAUUAUAACAUGGAGCGUCUGCCCUGCUGGGCUGGUGACGGCUUCAGUCUGAAAGUAAAUGGCUGCUGACACAUCGCCUCCACUGAUUUGACCAAGGAGCUUCUUGUGGAAAAGUGAAAAUGUUUCUUGUUUUCAUCAGUUGAGAAUACACAUGCUCAGCUUCCUCAUUCACUUUUGAAAAUGACUGUCAUUAUGCAGCAGAAUUAGUAUGAGGGAGGAAUUACUGAAGAACUUGGGCAACAUCCAGGAUCACAGUUGACACAUCGUCUAUUUUUUUGUACUGACAUUAUUAAAAUACGUUUCGAGGCGCAAUCGAAAAACUUCAUUGCACAGACUACAAGUUUAAAAUGAAUAAUUUAGAUCAAAAAAUUCUGUUUGGAAAAGACCCCAAAGAAAACAACAAAAAAAAUGAACCUGGUGCUAACUUUGUAUCUGAAAUAUGGUUCAAAAAUCUCUCGAAUAACUCGAAUGCAGACUCAAAUUUUAUUUCAGACAACACAUUUAGGAGUAUAGAGACUGGUAAUCAAGUUUUGGCAGAGGAUCAUGGCCAACUUAAAGCAAACACUAGUCCCUCUGGGAUUCUUGCAGAUCCUGAUUCUAUAAAUAAUGAUCAGCUUUUCGAACCAGGCAUCAUCACGUCCACAGUAAAGACAUCAUUUGAAUCACCAUUGUUUCUCAAGGGUGAUGAUAAUCAUUGUGAUUCCUCUGGUUCUUACCAUACUGCUGUGGGCUCCGAUAUUGGAGAAAAUCUUAGUGAUUGUAGUGGGCCAUACGAAGAUUUUGAAGAACUCUCUCCUGACCAAGACGAAAGUCAAGAGAUUUCACAGCGUUUUGGUGCUUCGCAGAAAGAACAAAGUGUUGACUGGUUAAACAGUUCUGAAAUUGAGACCAGUUUAAAUGAUUGCUCACCACCACCUCAGUUUAGCUGCAGGGAAGAACAAGAACAAAUAUUUGUGAGUAAACAUAAGAUGGAAUUGCUUGAACUAAAUGCUGGGGGGGAAUUAAAUGGUGAUAUAAAGCCCUUUCAGUUACAUAGCAGUAAUGUGCAUGAUGUUAAAUCUCAUUACAAAAUGGAUGUGGGAUUAGCUGUAAAAACUGCUGAUGAAAAGAAUUCCUUUGGGUAUGAAAUCACAUCUAGCCCUCAGGAAGAAAAGAAUGCUUGCAGUAGCGAUGUGGUAAGUAAUGAUUCUUUAUUAACUACGCACAGCAAUUCAAGUGCUGAAGGAGAAGUCAACAAAUCGUCUGAAUGUGAUCUAACAGGGCUGGGCACUAAUCUACAGAACUGUAAAGGAAAUGGAGACCAACAGGUUCAUUUGUCAAUCACAGCUCAAAAUAGCAAAACUGCAGAGAGAGGUAAUGAAGUGCAGCUGUCGAGAAAACAGGAGGCUGAAGUGAGUAUGCAUGCUUCUCCAGGCUGUUAUCUACGUCUUGGUUUAAAUGAAAUUGAAGAAAUGCCUCAAAAAGAUAAGUUUGAAGACAGUGCAAAAAAUAAUUCAAGUGCUAAUGGUAAAAGGAAAUGUGCUGAGAGCAUGAGUGAAUCAUCUAGUUUUGCAAGUGAGCUAGAUGAAACAGAUUAUGAGGUUCGAAAAUUGACUGCUCUGGCUUUUCGAAGUUUGUCCUGUCCAAAUGAUAAUUAUCUCCACAUUUAUAAUUCUGGGGGUUUCAUUGAUUUCUCACCGGCUUUGGCAGAGGAAUGCCACAAUACAAAGAGUGUGUCGGUUUGUUCUGAGCCAGACUUUGUGGGCACAGCUGGUGAAACAGAGGAUCCCAGUUAUGCAGCCUAUGCUUUAUACACUGGAGCUGAAGAAAGUAAUAUGGUUCUUGAUGAUCCAUAUGACAGAAUGCAGUUUGAAUGCAUCGACGUAGCUGUAGAAUCUCCAGAGAAAGGCAAAGAUGUCAGAGCAAGCAGAACUGUCCCAAAACGUCAAAUUGAACUCAGGAGACCACAGAGAAGUGAAUUAAAAGUAUUUACCUCAAGUAGUGCCAUCAAUUCCUAUGCUUAUGUUGGUCUUGGAGAUGAAACUGGGAAUGAAGAAGAGCGUUUGGAAAUCAUUGAAAGGACGCCUUAUAUAGAAAACGCAAUAAGCACAAAUAUCAAAAAUAAAAAUAGAAUUCAUAAGCAGCCACAAAGAGCAAUAUCUAUAGGUGGGCCUACACCACGAAACAAAUUUGCAUCCAGCCUUUUAUCAAAUGUGAUAUCCAAAAAAAUGCUGUAUGAGCAAAAUCUCAAGGCAGAGCAGGAAUUCAACAGGUUUGCCCGCUUCCCAAUUACACGUAAUGUGAGAAAGAAAGAUCGAGCUCUUUCUCCAAUUGUCUCACAACAAAUACACCAUGAAAGUUCUGCUUCAAAAUUGGAAUGCAAUAACUCUCAAAAUGUUGCUCAGAACAAUGUGAGAAAGAAUGGUUGUGAAUUAACUGGUGAUAAUGCAGAGAAAAAUGAAGGUUUGGGUCAAAAGUGCUGUUACAGUUCUUUAAGGUGCGCAGGUGGUCAAACUGUCAGUGGACAGAACAACAUCAGCCCUGAUUGCUGCACAACCAAUGUACUUGAGAAUUACAGAGAAACACAUAUGGACAGCCAAUGUGAAGCAAGUGCUGAAAGAACUCCGGGAAUGAGUAGGGCAAAAUCAUGUUCCAUGUUUAAUAAUCCUAGCAUCAAUGUAUCUGGGGAAGAGAAGAACCUAACUUCUUCAUGCACUUCAGUAGGUAAAUAUAAAAAUGGGAGUUGGCAAAAUACUGAAGAAAAUGCAGAAUCAGACAAUAGCAUACAAUGUGAAUUACCAUCAAAUGAAGAUAAAACAAGUGACAUUCAGUUAAGUAAAUCUUCACACCAAAUCAACGCUUCAAGGAAUAUUCUUGCGCUAAAAUCAUCAAAGAAACUACAAAACUCUCCAAAACCAAAUGUUCAAAGAACCAUCACAUGCUGUGUCCCAAAGACACAUUCUCUCACACCAGAAUCCAACGCUUCUGAUCUUGACCCCAACAAUCAAACACUCCCUGUUUCACCUAAAGCCAACUGUGGCAUGGAGAAAACUAACAUUUCACAUUGUAAUAUUGAAGACAACAUAUCCAUCAAAAAUAAAACUAAGUGUCCUACUUAUGUUAGGGAUGUGAAAAAACUUGGUCAAAAUAAUAACUGUGGAUUAACAUUCUGUGCUACCAAAGGUAAAUGUGAUGUCCCCGAUGAGGUUUGUAAUCCAUCCAUUAUAAAGCAACCACUUCCAGAACCUCUCAACAAGGUCUCAAUAGUUGACAGCAUUUUGUCACCAAAAUGUAUUCAACGUCAGUCAAUAGGUAGGGAAGUUGCCAAAGAUGAUAACAGCUAUGUCACAGUUGGCAGGAAAGGUUUGAUAAGCACGGAAAGUUCAGAAACAUCAAGGUUAUUUUCUUCUGACUUUAAAUUGCCUAUUCCAUGUAAAAAGCAAGAAAACAAUGGAACUUCUGCUAAAAGAAUAUGUAACCAAGACUACUUCACAAACGACAAUGAGAAUAAUGUAGCUGAACCUUUGAAUGCUUUCACAAAUAUAGUAACAUCUGAAAGGAAAAUGCAUGUCAAAACAAUUUCAAAUAAUAAAGAGUCUAAAUCAGCACCUAUGAAAGUCCAGUUUGAAGAAGAAACUCUGAAAGCCGAUUCAGCCAAAUUUAUGUUUAAUAAUAGAAUUACUGAUUUGGUAACAGGAGAAAGUAAUCAACAAAAUCAAUUCCUUGAAGGACUGGAAAAUCUCAAUGCACACUCCAGUUCAACAAUUGAUGAUACUAAUUACGCAUUGACCGAAAAACAAACUGAUCAAGAAAUUGAAAAUGAGCUAGAAGGGAAAGAAAUGUUAACACAUCCUAAUUCAAACAAAGAAGAUAUACAAAUGGAGCUAUACAAGGAUGAACCUCGAGAGAUUCCAGAAAGAAUGCAAAAUCAUGAAGAUGAAAAGGCUACUUGUACCAAAAUAGAAAUGCAGAAUCACCCACUCGGGGCUAUUUGUUACAAUAUUGAGCAGCUUGAUCUGUCAAUUGGAAAAAGCAGUCCUCAAGGUAAUCAAGAUAAGUUGAAGAGCCAUAAUGGACUCUUCUGUAAUUUUGCUGGAAGCAACAAAAGUAUAGGAAUGUCACUCUGGAAAGAUGAUACCAAUAACAAUAGAUUUUCUUCCAAUGACAAAGAAACACAAACACCAUCAAGAAAAAGUAAACAUAAAAAAGAACUUAAAUUUAAACUGGAAAAUCAAAAAACCAUGGAAAAUUCAACAAUAGACAAUAAUGGCUUUGAACAAUUAUGUAAAACAUCCAAACUGAAAAGAGGAAUUCAAGUCAAUUUAAAAGAGCAGAGCGAACUCAUUGAAAAUUCUGCUCCAAACAAAGAUGCAAGCAAAUUGUUACUCAAUUAUGUUGAAGAUCAGAUAGCUCUUGACGGAGACAAUCUGAAUAAACUGGCUUCAGAAAGCAAAGAUGAUAAGAAUGUAAGUGAUAUGCAAAGUGGGUUGCCAAAUGAAGCAAACUUUUUAUUUAAAUCUAGUUCAAAUCCUAAGGAAAUAAGAUUAUCACCCGUCAAACAUAAUCUUGAUGAAGGGAUCGAUGAUGGAAUAGAAAGUCAGAACAUGCUAAAUCGCGAAGCAGGCAUCAAAUUACAAGCUAUUAAAACUAAGAACAAUGAUCUUGUAACUGAAUUUAUUGCACCCCAAAACACCGAUAAAGUUGAAAUGCUACCAAGAGCAGAAAGUGCCAGAUUGACAGUUGUAAAUGAAUUACAAUUGAACAAAGAUAACAAUAAAAUGUUGAUGGUUUCAGAGGAAGAAAAACAAAAUCCUUCUAAAGAGUGCUCUGAGUCCGGCAAUAUCAAAACUGUAGAUGAACUACUUUCAACUUUGAAAGUCCAGAUCCCAAAUGAAAUCGGUGUACCAGUUAUAACCAUCUCAGACAAUGUUAUUCCUGUGGAGUCAUCCAAUUGUUCUAAGACUAUAAAAAUUUCAGCAAAUACAUCAUUUCCAGAAACUGAAGGUCAGGAUGUUCAUAAUAAAUUAGAAAUUUCAGCUGCCAUUCAGAAUGCAGAAGUUAAUAAGCCACUGGCUCCACAGACUCCUUCAUGCUUCACAGAUUUGAAUGUGAAGUCAAUCAAUUCUAAUCACCCUGUUGUUAAAUCAUCCAACAGUGCAACUCAUGAUCAAGGGCAGCAACCCUCCUUUGAAUUGAAAAUGCUAGCAAUGAACAAAGCUGUCACGCAAGAUCCAUCUCUUACAUCUGCCCCAAUAAAUUAUCUUUCCAUUCCUAAUGAAGAACACAAGCCACGUGCACCUCCAAAGAAGCAAGUACCUGCUCCUCCUCAUUCAUUAAUUCACAUAGCAAGCACUAGUCCUCGCCAGCAAAACUGGGAAACUUUAAAUCCUCACAAACAGGAACAACAAGCGUUGCCUCACCAGGGCCUUGGGGAGAUGUUUUCAUUUGAUACUUCUCUGCAGCAUCCAUUCUAUGCCUCUUCUCAUGUACCAAAUCAAGCAGAGUCUCAUUUACUUCAUUUUACACCAACCAGCCAAACUCCAGAUCAUGUGGACAAAUGUUACCGAGUGCCUCAAUCACCUCACUUGAUGGACAGUCCCCGGCUGCCUUGCUUCCAAUAUCCAGAAGCUCACAAGAAAGUGCUUAUUGAUCCAGAGACAGGAAAGCAUUACUUUGUUGAGGCACCAAUGCAAUCUCCACGCAAAAUGCUGUUGGAUCCAGAAACUGGUUGUUAUGUCGAGGUGAUAAUACCUCAACAAACAUACGGUAGAUAUUAUCAAACAUCAUUCUCCCCACACGUUUUAUAUCCAAACGCCUUGAGGCCUUCAUUUAUACCAACAAUGCAAUAUUCUGACUUAAUCUCAACACCUCUUGUGGCAUACCCGGGUCCACAUCCUGGGUCCUCUGAAGUACAAAACCAAUCGAGUCCAAACAGCACAACUGUGAGUGUGACAGAAAUGCCGGAUCAUAAAAAGGAUAUGCCAAAAAAUCAUUUUGCUGAAACCAAUUACAUGGAAAGUACAUAUUCAGCUCCAAUGAAUGUGCCUGUAAAUCCUAACCCAAUUCGCACCGCUGCACAAGUAAUAUCCAUCCAUUCAAAAUCUCGUGCAGAAGUUAAAGAUAACUCUCGUGUUUGAGGAAAGAACAACGUUGCCCAUGAUGAAUCUAUGGGUUUUACUGACGGAGCAUUCUCCACCAAAAUUACCAGAACAAUGUUAAAAGGACAUGUAGCUUUGUCGUGCUGAAUGUAUGUAUUCUUUGCAGGUGUUGACUGACGUGCAUUUUUUUAAUAAUCUAUAUGCUUAACUACCUUUUGAAAUAUUUAUUAUCAAUGUUCCCUACAACAAAAUACUAAAAAUGAAAAUGUAAAUUAAAUAAAAAGGUUAUGUUAAACCCUUUAAUUAUAAUUUGGGUGAUCUGACUAUUGAAUCGACCAUUUUGUUCUGGAAAGCAAUUGCAAUUAAAGAGUAUAAAUCUUAAAUAAUGUUAAUCCUUGGCAUACACACUGGACUCAAUGAUAAUGAUAACGGUGAUAAUGUAUAAACUCUGUGCAGAUAACAC